CCUGUGUGAGAAACGCGUUUGGCUCAUACGUGCUGCCUCCUAGCGUCAGUUUUGCAUCGUUUUUAUCCCCUCCACUCGCACUUUGCUCGAAGAGUAUUCGCGAAAGCCUCGAUGGCUACACGAUUUUACCGUACACACGGGCAUAUAACCAAAGAAAAAGAUAGAGAUAGAAAGGGGCAGAGUCAGAGGUUCUACUGUAGCGCGGAGGCGUAUGAGAAAAAUUCGCAAAGCCAGGAACGAACUCGAGUACGACGUUUCGCGCGCGAUAAUCUCAAAUAAUAAAAAUACGAUCGCGACAUCGAACGACGCUUGACAAAUAAAUUCAACGAUUCAUUUUAUUGGAACAAAAUUUUAUAGUGAAAAAAAUUAUAAUUAUAAAAUAAGAAUUGAUUGUGAAGUACUAAAAAAAAAGGGAAUAUUAAGGAAGGAAGUUUCAAACGACCUCGUCGUUUUGAAACAACAAAAAGAAUUUUUAGUUUCGGCCGUCGGUGAUUCGUCGUUUUGCGGCCACCAAUCGAAACGACCGAUCAUCGCCGAGGCACGGCCGAGUGUAGAGAGCCGAGGAACACGAAGAGUACCAAGCCGCAACAGCCAACGAGCCACAGCGAGCGACCAACCAGCGAGAGAACCAGUCGGGCCCGCGGUCGAGUACAGGACGGAACUCUACAUUUUAUUUGAAACGAAGAAAAAAAAAACGACUAGGAACGGGUGAUUGAAUUUCCAAAUAAAAUACCCAUUGGCGUAUUUUACGUGGCUAAAAAACAGCUCGAUUUCAAAGUUUCGAGUUGAAGGAAAUAAUUGCGGGUCAGCGCGAGUGUAUCAUUGUGUGUAUGUCUGUGUGCAUGAUAAAUCGUUGCAGAAGUUUAGUAACUGCUGUCGGUGUUCGCUCUUUCGGAGCACAUUCAAUGAAAAAAGUAUACACAACAAAAGUAAUAACUUUACUCCCAUCGUCGCAUCUGGGUGUCAAUCGUCUUUAUAACAAAAGCGAAAAAAGAGCCGAGUAAGCCACUCGCCAACAAUUACAACUCGACAUCUUCUUUCUUGUUUUUUUUGUUUUUUUUUUUAAAUUAUUUCGUUCUCGAGCCGAUUAAAUCGACGAUCGUUUCAUUUUUAUAAACUUGAAUAUUACUUUUUUUUUUAUACUUUUGAAUGUUCGUUAAUUUUUGGCGUUAUACUGGCGCAAAUAAACCGUGUGACCGCCUCGUGUCAGCGCUGUCGGCGUAACCAAGUGUGCUCGUAGCAGAGGUGGAAUGAUAUAGAGAGAGAGAAUCGAGUAGCGGUUCCGAAGUGGUUUUGUUGUGCGUGCGUAUGAAUGGGGGGAGAAAGAAACGAAAGUGAGUGCGAAGAUUUGGCUAAAAGAGUAUAAAAAGGAAGAAAAGAGAGAGAAAGAGAGGCGAGGAAAAAGAGUGAGAAACAAAAAUAGAUCACGAAAAGCGGGUGUACCAGAGAGAGAGAGAGAGAGGGGAUCAGUAAACGAACACAUCCAUAUAUCUAUAGUACAUGUGAAUACGGACAGCGGACUGUUGUUUGCUAACGAAGGCUGCUCCGACACGACGAAACCACCACCACCACCACUACCACCACCGCGCGCCAUCAAUCGCGUAGUGUACAAGUACCAACUAAGCGCAAUCGUCGCGCACGCACACACUGGAUCUCGCGGGGAGGCAAGGAAAAGGCAUCGGGAAAGAGAGCGAGAGAGAGAAGGAAAAAAGAAGGAAAAAAAAACUUUCGGCCGCUAGUGCUGCACCCUAGACGGCGUUAUAACGAAGCACAGUUUUAUCACAAUGGCUUCCGUGAAAGACACGGCGACUUUCUUCGCCGAGGGCACCGCCAAUCAAUUCGAACACGUACUAAAAUUGUAUCCACAAGCAUUGAGAUUGAAGGCCGAUAGGAAAACGAAAAAACCAGAGGAGCUCAUCAAGCUCGAUAAUUGGUAUCAAAAUGAAUUACCCAAGACGAUCAAGUCCCGAGGCAAAGAUGCCCACUUAAUUCACGAAGAAUUGGUCCAAACGAUGAAAUGGAAACAAACGCGCGGAAAGUUCUAUCCUCAACUGUCAUACCUGGUGAAAGUGAAUACUCCACGUGCAGUGAUGGCGGAAACAAGAAAGGCAUUCAAGAAGCUACCGAAUCUUGAACAGGCCAUAACGGCCCUAUCGAAUCUCAAGGGUGUCGGUACGACGAUGGCCUCGGCUCUAUUGGCCGCGGCAUCGCCGGAGAAGGCGCCGUUUAUGGCUGACGAGUGUCUAAUGGCGAUACCGGAAAUCGAGGGUAUCGACUACACGACCAAGGAGUAUCUCAAUUUUGUUCAGCACAUUGAACGGACCGUCGAGAGGCUUAACAAACAGAUGCCAAAUGGAACGAGCUGGAGUCCUCACAGGGUAGAGCUGGCGCUUUGGACUCACUACGUAGCGUCCGAAUACAAGCCGGAAUUGUUGAACGGAAUACCAGGAAGUACGGAGAACGGAAAUUCGCACCCAUCGAGCAACGGCGAGGCAACGGAGCCCUCGGACGACAGCAAUCAAGAAGCGGCGACGGUGGUGGUGAACGGUAAAGAGCCAUCGACGAUAAAUCCUGCAGCGAUCGACGAGAACAGUACGACGACGUCCUUCACCGAGGAUUCCCUUGACAAACCGGCGACCCCGAUAACCGCGGCGGUUGCGAGCGAAGACACGAACGACAGUAUCGCGACGAACGAUAACGAGGAUUGUAUCAACACAACGCCGCGUCCGACCGACAGCGAGGACACGGAGGAUUCGCAGGACGUUCAAGAACCACCGACCAAAAAGACCAAGAAGUGACCCCGUAAAUACACCGCGUUGAACCCUGUUAACAGUCUCAAGCCAACCGCCAACCUGACGCUCAUUGGGGAUAGGCGAUUUUAGCUGCCGGAUAAAACGAUAUUAUCAUUUCGAGCGAACAAAAUGAAGAUGACAAAAGCAAACAGCAACCACAAGUUAUUCAGAACUAACGAAAAAUAAAUAAUAUUAAAGCCGUUUCAAAUAAUAAACAAAAAUAAAACGAUGCGAAAGAACUUGUUUGAGACUCUCGCGAUUAGGUUAAUUAAUCUAUUGAAACAUCCGCAGUCAUUUGAAUCAUUGUAACUCGCAUCCAUAACAAACUAAAGAAGAACCAUUGUUAAAAAAUAUGUUGGACAGCCACUCUCACGUAGGACAGAACUUGAUUCUCUUUCUCGUCGCGUUACGAUGAUUAUUCAGAGGGAUUUUCCCAGCGUUAACGACAAGGGAAGACGACCCGUUCCGACCAGCAGCAGAGCCCCUUCCUGCUCUUCGAUUCGAAUAGUAAUUUGUUGAAUUUUAAACUGCAGAUUAUUCUGUACGCCUGCAUUAACAUGUGUUACGGAAACAUCGAUAUCAUCGUGUACUCUUUUAUUUAUAGUGUCAUUUUUUUAUUUCGUUUCGUCUCCACUUUCUUUCUCACUAGUAUAUACGAAAAAAAGUGAGAUAAUAAACAGAGCAAAACAUAGCCAACAACAUCCUGCGAGUUUAAUUUUCGAGUAUUGUUAUUAUAUGAUUUGUGAAUUAGGGGGAAUAGUAUUUUUUUUUUCGUUUCUUUUCGGCUCGUCGGAGCGAAGAAUUCUGCACGUAAAAGAGAGAGAGAGAGAAAACCGAGUCGAGUCUUAGGACGGAAAGUGUGAGGCAGCGGCGAAGGGGCAAACAGUUGGAAUAUUUAUUAAGUAAACGAUUGGGACAGUGUGAGUAUGCAGGUUGGAAUUACGAGGAACGAGUGUCACCCGCGUAUAAUAGAAGAAGAAGAAGAAGAAGAACGAAAGAAAAGUUAAAACAACCGAAAUAAAUAACAAUAAAUAAAUUUAUAGAAGAAAAAAGGUAAAAAUAAUGAUAAUGCGGCAAAAGCUGAGUAUGAUUAUAUUAACGAUAAAUAAUUAUUAUAAUUGUAAUACCGAAAUCAUUACCAAUAAUUUAUAUACCUACACGAGAACUUUCAUGUACCGGAGACCGAGGAUACAUGACGAGUAUGAAGAGAAAAAAAUAAAAAAAUAACAAAAAAAAAACCAAAUACCUUGUAAGUAUAAAGAAAUACAAAAAUAUAUGGAAAUAAAAGGAAAACGAAUAAAAUCUUUAGAAUCAAAUGAAUGCAACGCUUCGGAGUCCAUCUGAUGAAAAUGAACGACGUGAAAAAAGAGAAAAACGAAACGAAACAACUGAACAAGACGAUUAAACAUGCGCGCGCGUACGACAGUGAGCAGCGAAGAAACACUAGAAAAAUAAAGAGGAGAAAAAAAUCACAUCGAGGUGUUUUUAUGUACAGGGAUUUAACUAGUAUUUUUGCAUAACUAUUAAUACGAAAGAAAAUGAACAUAGAGACAUACACAUAUGUACACACACACACACACAUACACACGCAUGUCUGAGAAUACUUGCACGUGAAGCGAUAACAGAUUUAGAGCGGGCAGACGUAAGCAUACACGACGAAGAGGUACAUAGCCAAAUUACAUGGAGAAAAGAAACCCAAGUUUUCUCACAACGUUCAGUAAACUUUAACAAUACAUACACACACACACAUCUAUGAAUACACGAACCGAAAUUGCAUAUAUAUAUAUAUAUAUAUAUAUAGACAAAUAUAUAUACGAAAAAGGAUGCGUGUAAAUUACUCUUUAACAUGAGACUGAAGUUUGCAACGUUGGAGUCCAACGAAAUGAUUUACAAAAACCUGAAUAAUUCGAGCGAUUCUCCAAUUUCGUUGCCUGCCGAAUUUGCAGCUCUCGUAGUUGUUCAACCUACGCCGAUGCUUCGUGAAAUAAAUAAUUGAUGAAUUUCAAAUGUUUAUUUCGUUCGUUCUCCAACGUUGCGAACUCCAGUGUCGUCCCUUUAACAGGCUGCUUUUUAUGGGUCGCUUAAACGCCAAGUGGUUGACCAAAAUUCCAUCUGCUGCACAAGACGAUGGUUAUAUAUGUCACACUUUCAUACACACAUAUAUAUUAAUGAUAGCGAUGCAGAUGAACGGGAGAGAAAGAGAGAGAGAGAGAGAGUUGACGACGAGAUAAUUAAACCACUAUUGUAAUUGUCAAGAAAAAUCAUGAUUGAUCAUUAUUUAGUGCCUAUAUAAUUUAUUCCGUGCGAAAUCGAGCCAACGCGAAAAAUGAGACUCGAGCCAAGGACGAUUAUGUAUUACACACACACACACACACAAACAUACACACACACACAUGUUUGUAUAGAUUCGAAUACGUGUGUGCACAUCAUAUACGUAUGUGGUACGAGGGUGAAAAGAAUCGCGUUUCUAACGACUGCCCCUGGGGUAUUUCGUUCAUUUCGAGGAAUAGACUUAAUAAACGUAACUUGCAUACAUUCCACGUUGACAUAGAGAAAGAGAGAGAAAUAAAAAGUAAGAGAGAGAGAGAGAGAGACACACACACACGUGAAAAACACCCUCGAAAUAGAACGCGUUGAUAUAAUACGACGAUUUUUCUACGUACAUUACACAACACUCGAAUAUUAAUAAAUGAAUAAAGAUAAAUGAAUAAAGAAGUGUGGCAAAAACGAUGACGAAUGUAUUUCGAUUAUCCAACAACUUCGAGCUCGUACGAUUUCGUGUCCCUAGUCCUGGAAAAUAAAAAAAAAAAAAGAAAAAAAGAAAAGAAUCGAGCGAAGCUUCACUUGCCGGAACUCCUCUCUUGUCCCGUCACGUCACAAAUUUCACGAGUGUUACAAGUGAGCGCGACCCAAAGGACGAACGCUCCCAAGUUUCGCUGUGAUCGAGGGAUUAACUGAGAAUUCGAAACGCGAAUCUAUAACCGAAUGCCAAUAUCGAUAUUUCGGAUUGCUGAAAAUUCUGGCGAGGACCGAACAUUAAAAGAUGUUUUAAAGCAAACGGAGAUUAAGAUUUACGACGGUUGUGCGUUACACGCGGAUUUUCCAUCGACGCGUGUACACGUCACACGCGUAUAGCACCAGUAUAUCCUGUAGCGCUGAAUAAUAACACGAACGAUUUAGAAGAAAAACAUACAAUAAUAGCGUAAAAUGAAACAAAAAGUUAGAUACUUCACUUAUGGCCUUAUACAAGCGGAAGUUGAGAAUAAUUAAUAAUAAUUGAAUAUGAAAAACAAAAAUGAAUAAAUAAAAAUAAUAAUGAAAAAAAAAAAACAUGUGGAAAGAAAGGAAGAAAGGUAUAAUAACUUCAUGAUAACCGAAUCGCGAGAAAACACUUCAGUUCGAACGACUUAUUAGUUUGGAUUAGUAAGUAUCCGAUUAUUCAAGCACAACCGGUUUAAUGAAACAGUAGUGGAAAUUCUAUUAUCCAUCGUUCGUGCAUAUGCAUAUGUGUACGAAUAAAACGCGAGCGACAGCGGAAUGAAACAGCAAAAUGUGUGAUUGAGUGUAUGUAUGCGUUGUGCGAGCGUAUAUACGACAGGGAGAAAGAGAAAAGUGACAAAGAGUGGGUGAAUCGAGAUUACGCUGACUUCUGUAUAAGCCGUUUUCCAUAUGAUAAACAAGACCUGAUCGUGAUUAUUGCGAUUCAUUAUUAUGAUUAUUUUAAUGAUUAUUAUUAUUAUUAUUAUUAUUACCACCAGCGCUAUUGAAUCGGAAGAAAAGGGGGGGAGAUGAAAGAUUGAGAAAUGACGAUCCGAUUAUUAUGACGAUGAUAUAUCAGGAUUUACGAUUACGAUAAAAUCGACGGUGGCACGUGAGCUCCUCCGGGGGUUUCACGAUAUUCCUCGGUAUGAUCAAACACGGUGAGAACGGAUGAAAAAAUAUACAUAUAUAUACACGCGGCAGCAGCAGCGGCAAAUAGACGAGAGAUGAGCGAUUUUUAAUAAUCGACAGUUAAAUGAAGAAGCGAGGAAGAAAAAUGUACUGUAGUGGAAUCAUUAUUUAAAAAAUAAAUGAACAUACACGAUAAAA